AUGGAGCAAAUCGUUUCGAAAAUAAAAGACCUUCCGCCCGUACGGACCAUCCUCUCCAUCAUUUGGAAUGAUCCCAUCGGACGUGUCGCAACGGUAGUGACUACUUAUCUUGUGGUGGUUGCUACUUUGCGGUUCCAGCGUCUACGAUCGGUUCAGCGUCAGUAUCGCCAGUAUGCCACACGAGAUGGCAUGGCCACGAUGACAGUGCAUGAUGCCUGGGAAAUUCAGAAACGAAUGCAGCAGUUAGAGUAUCCGACGUUGGCUGUGAAGGCACUUCAGUUUGCCUUAUUUCGGACAUACGGUAUUCCCAGUAUUUCAUCCCUGUUGUUGAAAACAUCCCAAUUCUCCAACCUGUCGACCUCGUUCAAACGCUACGCCGAUACUUCCAUCCUUAUCGCCCAAUUCAUUCUCUUCGAACCUUCCUCCGACCGCGCCGUCACGGCCCUCGCCCGCACCAAGUAUCUGCAUGUAGGAUACCGAGCCAGCGGAGCCAUCCUCGACGACGAUCUGCUGUAUACGCUGAGUCUGUUCGUGCUGCAGCCUAUUCGGUUCAUUGCCCAAUUCGAAUGGCGUGCGAUGAGCGACCUCGAACGCUGCGCUAUCGCUACAUACUGGAAGUAUCUGGGCGAUGCGCUGGACAUCAGCUACGAUGCGUUGCCCUCCGGUAAGACCGGGUUCCGAGACGGAUUGCAUUUUCUGGAAGAGUUGGAGGAAUGGAGUGUACGCUAUGAAAAGAGGAAUAUGGUUCCUAAUGCAGCCAAUAAAGCCCUUGCGGAUCGCACGAUGGAUGUGAUGCUUUAUACCUUACCCAGGGGGAUGAAGCAUAUCGGGCUGAGGUAUGAUCGUCCUUCACGCAUAUACUGCUGGAUCUUCAAUUCAAUCAUGGGAAUCCGCCGGCUUCUACUCCGAUAUUGCAUGCUUCCACGGCCGUAUUUUCUCCGGACAGUCAUCACCACCGACCACCGCAAUGAUCAGGGACGAUACCAUGUACGUGUAUGGUCUGGGGCCCCGUACUACGUACAACCGACCUUCCGGAACCGAUGGGGUCCGUCCGCCUGGUUCAGUCGUCUCUUGGGAUUGCCAGUUCCUGGCGACGAGGGUGAGAAGUAUUCUCCGCAUGGGUAUGAACCGGCAGAUCUGGGACCCAAGGCUUUUGAGGGGAAGGGCCAUAAGACGGUGCAGGAUAUCAAGGGCGAGUUGGCUUGUUUGUCAAAAUUGCCGUUUGCUUAG